ACCUUUUCCGGAAGUAGAUUUUUUGUGACUCAAGAUCAGACUGUUUUGAUAUCAUAAUAAAAUCUUUAUUUAUAUCGAACGAACAAUACCAUACACAGCACACUAUGAGUGGUUUAAUAUCAAAAAUGUUUGGCGGCGGUAAAGGAAAAAAUAAAGCCCCAACUCCCCAAGAAGCGAUACAAAAACUUAGAGAGACGGAAGAGAUGUUAGAGAAAAAACAAGCUUUUCUAGAAAAGAAAAUAGACCAAGAAGUAGGAACAGCUAAAAAGAAUGCUGCUAAAAAUAAAAGAGCUGCCUUACAAGCAUUAAAAAGAAAGAAGAGAUAUGAAAAACAACUGCAACAAAUUGAUGGAACAUUAUCUACAAUAGAAUUCCAAAGAGAAGCUCUUGAAAAUGCUAGUACAAACACAGAAGUGCUCAAUGUAAUGGGCAAUGCAGCCAAAGCUCUUAAAGCUGCUCAUCAAAACAUGGAUGUUGAUAAAGUCCAUGAUUUAAUGGAUGAUGUAGCAGAACAACAAGAAAUAGCCAAUGAAAUAUCAGAAGCCAUCUCUAAUCCAGUCGGUUUUGGACAAGAUGCUGACGAGGACGACUUAAUGGCAGAAUUAGAAGAACUUGAACAAGAGGAACUUGAUCAGAAAUUACUGGAUGUUGGUCCAAUGGUAGAUAACCUUCCAGCAGUACCCAGUGAACCUGUGCCUGUAGCUGCAGCCAAAAGCAAACCUCAACAUGACGACGAUGAAUUAAAGGAAUUAGAAGCCUGGGCAAGUUAAAGCCAUCUGACAAUCUAUCUGUACUUUAGUAAUAUUUACUGUUAUAAGUUUAUUGUUAUCAGGUUUUUAUACACAUUUUUGUAUGGUUGCUUAUUUAUUGAUUAUUUACGGACAGAUUUAAAAACAAAUUGAAUUUGUUUAAUUUCAUUUUAGAUUUGUCUUUUUCUCUGUAAAAAAGAAUAAAAAUUUAUUAUCCAACAUGCAUGUUUAUGAUUUUAUUGAAAAAUUGGAAAAAAUCUGACUGAUUUCCCUUUUUUUUAGCUAGUUAUCUUCUGUAAAAACGAUAACCUAUUAGAAAGGAUGUUUAUAUGUAGCCUCUCUUUAAUAAGACAUGUAAGAGGAAGACAAACAAUAGAAGGAGGUGUUAAUAACCAGAAAACAACUUCGUAUUUGACUUAUAUACAUGUACUUGUAUUGUGUUUAUUAGUGACAAGCAUAUUUAAAAAUAUGUUUGUACUUGUUGCUGUAUGAAUAUUUUUUUAAAUCACAAACAUCAGUUAAUCCCUGCUGUUAAAUCUUCAAUAAAAUUGGAUACCUUUGGAAUCCGAAUGCAGUGUUAAAAAUACAUAAAAUGUGAUAGUGGGAGAUGGAGAACUUUUUUUAUAAAAUAGGAUGGUCAAUUGACUGCCUACUAAGAGGGGGCCUGGCGCAUUACGGUCAUGCUUCAGUGAUCCCCUACAUAAUCAACUAACUAAAUUUUUCACAAAUGGGGGGGGGCUCUUAAUUUGCCUCAAUGUGAAGACUGUUCAAAAAGCACUUUAUGAAUUGCCACGGUAAUUUAAUGUGAUCAACAAUGAAAUAUGUAGACGGUUGUAAUACAUUGCAGUGCUCAACAAUUUUGAAUAUACAUUUGCUAUUUGUAUUUAUUAGGUAGUUUUGAUUUUGAACUCUUGUUGCAUAAAGUCUUGUCCUUAAAACUGGGUUAGUGUGAAGCAUAAAAGUGUAUAAUUGUCAAAGCUAUUAAUAUCAGCAAUUCAUCAUCUGAUACAGUAGAAUGCUUUGAAUUAUUUUUUAUAAAUUCGUUGAUAAAUGUCUUUCAUGUAUAUGAACUAAAAAUAGGGCAUUGAACAAAAAAUAUUUUUCAAAUUGUGAAAUUACAAGAGAAAUGUAUUGCAUAUAUGAAAACAUAUCCAUAUUGAUAAGGCAAAAAAUAUUUUUACUCAAAUAUUUCCAUUUGCGAUAAUCUACAAAAACGUACCCAUAAACUUGCAUGAAGGAAGAUAUUAAGCAAAGAUACUUUAAAGUUUAUUUUUAUUUUUAGAUAAUGUUGUGUUGAAAUAUGAAAAUUACCUUUUUUUUUUAAACAUAACUAAUGGAGAAAAAAAAAAUAGAACUGCCAUGUGUUGAAAAUUCCAAAACAUUGAGGCCUGUCUUACCUGAUUCAUUUCUUGGUCGAAGAUUUUAUCUUGUAAGUGGUGAUUAUAGUUCAAAGUUUUUAAUAUCUAAAACUCUGUAUAUAUGUCUUGUAAACUAUUUCAUAUCUAUGUCAUUUUUAAAAUUUUCUGUUUUGAGUAAACCAUAGCUGUUCAUAUCUAUGGCAUUUUUUGUUUUUGUUUGUGUAAAUUAAAUUCAUCAUUUUUUAAAUUUUCUGUUUUGAGUAAACCAUAGCUGUUGUUUUUUCUCUAUUUUAUGAUGAAAUAUAAAUCUAAAUGUUAUUCUUCAGAAUGAUUUGCAAACUUUUUUUCUUCAAGUCAAGAUGAAAAACUGUGAAUUAGAAAUAUGUUUAAUAAGUGAUGCAAGUGUAACAAAUCAUAUUAAUUUCAGAAUCACAUUUUAGGUGAAAGAAAAUGCUGGACAGCAUAGUUCAUAAUGGUCAAAAUAAGUGUUGAACUUAUUAAAUACCGUAAUUCAGAUUUUAUUCUUCUUUUUUUUUUGUUGAUUAUUGCAAAAAAAGCAUUUUGAUGAAUGCGUUCUGGUAUCUGAGACAUAUAUAUCUGUAUGCAGUGAUCUUAAAAUAUCAUUAAGAAAUUUUGAUUGUUCAUGAUAAAAUCACCCCAAAAAAUGCUUGUAAUAAUUUAUGAAUUUACAAUAUUUCAAACUUCUAAUGUGAACUUAAAAUAAGAAUUGAUUGUUUUGUGUUUGAUUUCUUUUGUUACUAUGGUUACUAUUAUAUUAUCCAUGUGCACAUAUAUCUUUAGUACAUUAUUUUAAGUUCGAUAAUUUCACAGUAUUUUAUAAAUUGAUUUUCCGGUAACCUCUUGGUAUAUGUAAAUAUUUAAUGUAAUGAUUUUGCAUAAGUGUGGUUAUGUAAGCUGAUAAAAUGUAUACAACCUGUUAACCUGUUAAGUAUGUGCAUCUUAUAUAAAACAUUGUUAACAUCCUUAAAAAAAAACAUGUGAAAUUUUA